AUGACCAUCGGCCGCAAUGACGUGGCCGGCGCCGUCCCCGACUCCCGCUACGGCGUCCUGCCCGUCGUGCCCGCGGCAGACCUCCCCGACCGCGCCCCGCGCAGCGACGCCGCAACGGCCGCCUCCGCCGCCGGCGUGCGGGCCCUCAGCGCGCAGCUCGUGGCCUUUUACUUUCGCGCGCCCGCAAAGGCCUUCUUCCGCACCCGCGUCGACUACCUCGCGUACGCUCGCACCCUGCACAAUGCCCAGACGGAACGCAUGCUUCGUGCGCUGGCCGCCGACGCCGCAUCCUCCUCCUCGUCGGCGCCCUCGCGGACGUCCGUCUUUGCCCGCCACGCCUGGCUCUGGCUGCGAGGCACGACGCCCGGCGUCCUGACCUCGGCCAUCCGCUACCAGGGCUGGAGCGUCGUGCCUCACCAGAUCCUGCCUCCGCUCAUCGCCAACGUCGGCGUCGGCGCCGUCCUCUACACCAGCUACCUGCAGAUCCUCGGACGCCUGCACGAGGGCAGCGCAAAGGCCAGCCGCCGCGUCUACCCGCCGCCGUCGCCCCAGCAUACCUUUGUCGCCGGUCUGCUCGCCGGCGGCCUGCAGAGCGUCCUGGCCGCGCCGCUCGAUGCCUUGCAGGCGCGCUACGAUCAUCGCGACCUGAUGCCCAGCGACGGCAGCGGCCGCCCGCGCAGCAUGUGGACUUUCGGGGCCGAGAAGCUGCGCGAGAUUGGCCUCCGCGGCGUCUUUGCCGGCUGGGGGCUGUCACUCGCCAAGGACAGCCUGGGGAGCGCCAUCUUCUUCAGCGCCUUUGAGUACGUCAAGGCGCAGGGCUACUACCGCUUCGUGACGUGGUACUACGGCGGCCUGGGGCAGGACGUGGUCGAUGUGCUCGCCUCGAAGCGGCCCGCGCCCGCGACCUCGACCCGCGGCGGCGACGACAGUGACGAUAGCGACGACAACGACGACAAUGGAGAAAAGCGCACCAUGAUCCGCCCGCACUACGCCAUCGAGCCCAUGUUCCUGCUCUGCGCCGGCGCGAGCGCUUCCCUGGCGCAGCAGCUGGUCCUGCACCCGCUGACGCACUUCCAGGUCAAGCACUGGGACCACCUCGAGGACCUGGACGAGAAGGCGCGGCGGUACCGCGCGUCGGGGCCCGGGGCGGAGCGGCCGCGCUGGCGGUGGAGGAUGAUGCGGGCCUACUACCGCGCCUAUCAGGAGACGUGGGCGGGCUGCGCCGCCGAGGCCGCCUCGGAGGGCACGGCGCUGGGCCGCUGGCUGUACCGGGGCUUCUGGUGGAACGCGAUCCGGCAGGUGCCGAGCACGAGCGCGGGUCUCAUCAUCUUUGAGCUGAUCCGGCGCAAGUACGGGUACGGGGCGGAGGAGGUGCGCAUCACCAAGGACGGCUACGACAUCCUGCUCAACUAA